GACUUCAGCACAUUUAGGUGGAUUGUUAAACCAGCUGUGGUUCAGUCCUGUGAAGCUUUCACGGAAACGCUUGUGGUUUGAAAGGGGAAAAUAUGACUUGCUAAAAGAAGAGAAGAUGUUAUGUUGGGGGUAUUGGUCUUUUGGAGUUCCUGGGGCAGAUAGCACUCUCCAAACUAUCAUUCCUGAACCUCAGAACAUCAGGUUCAUUCAUCAGAAGAGUAUCAAGGAAGUGGCUUGUGGUGGGAACCAUUCUAUUUUCCUAUUGGAAGACGGUGACGUCUAUACUUGUGGCGCGAACACCAAUGGACAACUGGGCCACGAGAGGGAAGGAAACAAACCAGAACAGCUAUUUUCAGUUACAGGACAACACAUCAUCCAUGUCGCCUGUGGAGAGUCUCACAGCCUGGCCCUUAGUGACCAAGGACAGCUGUUUUCCUGGGGUGCAGGCAGUGAUGGCCAGCUGGGUCUCACGACAACAGAAGAUUCUGUGACCGUACCAAGGUUAAUAAAAAAGCUGAACCAAGAGACAAUACUUCAAGUCUCCUGUGGCAAUUGGCAUUGCCUAGCCCUUGCAGCUGAUGGGCAGUUCUUUGCCUGGGGACAGAACAGCCAUGGACAGCUUGGACUGGGUAAAGAAUUCCCCUCCCAAGCUUGCCCUCAGCGCAUCAAGUCUCUUGACGGGAUCCCCUUGGCUCAGGUUGCUGCUGGAGGAGCACACAGCUUCGCCUUGUCUCUCUCAGGAGCCAUCUUUGGCUGGGGGAAGAACACUUCCGGACAGCUGGGACUAAGUGAUGAGCGAGAUAGAGAGUCUCCAUGCCAUGUGAAGCUCUUAAGGACUCAAAAGGUUGUCUAUAUCAGCUGUGGAAGUGACCACACAGCCGUCCUGACAAAGAGCGGAGGGGUGUUCACCUUCGGAGCAGGUUCCUGUGGUCAGCUUGGACAUGAUUCCUUGAAUGAUGAAGUCAACCCCAGAAGAGUUUUGGAGCUGAUGGGCAGUGAGGUGUCCCAAAUUGCUUGUGGUAGACAGCACACAUUAGCCUUUGUGCCUUCUUCAGGAAUUAUCUAUGCAUUUGGCUGUGGAACCAGAGGCCAGCUGGGAACUGGGCUUACCUGCAAUCUUAAAUGUCCUUCCCCCGUCAAAGGUCCCUGGGCAGUUCAUAAGGAAGAUCUCUCUGGCAAAGCAGAUACCUGUAAAUAUUACAUUGUUAAACAUAUGUUCUCUGGAGGAGACCAGACCUUUGUACUUUACUCUGAAGCAGAGAAUCCCUUCCCAGCAGAUGAUUUCCGGACCCUAAGUCAAAGCGAUUACACCUGUUCAAUUAAUGAUGACACGAUAGACAUGUGGAGGCAAAAGCUGUUGGAAAAGAGUAAUCCUAAUUCAGUGAACAGUGAGGUUGUUCAGAUCCUUUCCUCAGCUGCCUGCUGGAAUGGAAGCUUUCUUGAAAAAAAAAUAGAUGAACAUUUUAAAACUAGUCCCAAAAUCCCAGGGAUUGACUUGAAUUCCACUAGAGUGAUGUUUGAUAAGCUAAUGACAUCUCAACAUUCCAUCUUGCUUGACCAGAUCUUGAAGAGUUUUGAAAGCUUUCUGAUCCCCCAGCUGCCCAGCUCCCCACCAGAUGUCGAAGCCAUGAGAAUCUAUCUGAUUCUCCCAGAAUUUCCACCAUUUCAAGAUUCAAAAUACUACGUCACCUUAACGCUUCCGUUGGCAAUGGCCAUCCUGCGCUUAGAAAGGAAUCCCAGCAAAGUCUUAGAUAACUGGUGGUCUCAAGUAUGCCCAGGAUACUUCUUGAGGCUGGUGGAUCUCUAUAAAGGCGCAGUAGUUUACCUCUUGAAUGGAAGAAAAACAUUAUUGAUCCCUGUCUUGUACAGUAGCUAUAUCACUGCUGCACUCAAACUUCUGGAAAAACUCCAUAAAGUAAACCAGAAAGUUAAGCAUGUAGAAUAUGACAAGUUUUACAUCCCAGAAAUUUCCAGCCUGGUAGAUAUUCAGGAAGACUACCUGAUGUGGUUCUUACAUCAAGCUGGAAUGAAGGUAAGAUCGUCUAUCAUGCAGGAUGCUGUGACCUUGUGCUCAUAUCCAUUCAUCUUUGAUGCUCAAGCCAAGACCAAGAUGCUGCAGACAGAUGCUGAACUGCAGAUGCAGGUAGCCAUCAGUGGAGCCAAUUUACAGAAUGUUUUUAUGCUUCUUACCUUGGAGCCCCUCUUGGCCCGAAGUCCUUUCCUCGUCCUUCAUGUCCGUAGGAGCAACUUGGUUGGCGAUGCCCUGAGAGAAUUGAGUAUCCAUUCCGAUAUUGACUUGAAAAAACCCCUGAAGGUGAUUUUCGACGGGGAGGAAGCGGUUGAUGCUGGUGGGGUCACGAAGGAAUUCUUCCUCCUCCUGCUGAAAGAGCUCCUGAAUCCCAUCUACGGAAUGUUCACCUGCUAUCCGGAAUCGAACCUGCUGUGGUUUUCAGAUACUUGUUUUGUAGAACACAAUUGGUUUCACCUGAUUGGCAUAAUCUGUGGGUUGGCGAUAUACAACUUCACCGUGGUGGAUCUUCAUUUUCCCUUGGCUUUAUAUAAGAAGCUCCUGAACGUGACGCCUUCCUUGGAAGAUCUGAAGGAGCUGUCCCCAAUGGAAGGAAGGAGUCUUCAGCAACUUUUAGAUUACCUAGAGGAUGAUGUGGAAGAAACAUUCUGCCUCUUUUUUACAAUAUGCCGAGAAAGCUACGGAGUGGUGGAGCAGAAGAACCUUGUUCCUGAGGGAGACAAAAUUGCAGUACAGAAGGACAACAGGCAGGAAUUUGUUGAUGCCUAUGUGAAUUACAUCUUCAACGUUUCGGUACAUGAGUGGUACACAGCCUUUUCCACUGGGUUCCUGAAGGUUUGUGGUGGGAAGGUUCUGGAACUGUUCCAGCCCUCUGAAUUGAGGGCUAUGAUUGUUGGAAGCAGCAAUUACAACUGGAAAGAACUGGAGGAGAGUGCAGUUUACAAGGGGGACUACUCAGUUACACAUCCGACUGUUCAGAUGUUCUGGGAGACCUUCCAUGAGUUUCCUCUGGAAAAGAAGAAAAAGUUUCUUUUAUUCCUGACGGGCAGUGAUCGCAUUCCCAUCUACGGCAUGUCAAGUUUACGCAUCGUCAUCCAGUCGACAUCCAGUGGGGAAGAUUACCUGCCGGUAGCUCACACCUGCUACAACCUCCUUGACCUGCCCAAAUACAGCACCAAGGAGAUCCUGAGCAUGCGACUCACGCAAGCCAUCGACCACUAUGAGGGCUUUAGUUUGGCUUGAGGUCAAGCCGUGGUCAACAUAGACAGUUCUGUAUAGAAAGAAAUACCGUCUCGUUUUUAUUUUUGUAAGGAAUUUGGAUAUAGAUACUCAGUGAAAGGGAGGAAAAGAGCAUAGGAUUAAAAAAAAACAGCAGCCAAGUCCUUUCAACGUUUAUUAGGAUGUAAGCUUUCAUGUUGUUUUCAACUGACCAGUCAACGUCUGUUAGAAUUUAUUAUAUGCUUAUUGGGUGAUAUUUUUAAAGGCUCUAUUUUCUUCCCUGCCUCUCCCAUUCCUGUUAACAGUACCUGACAUAUUUUGAAACAUCUUCACCAUUUCCAAGGUUGAACUGUGAUAACUCAGAAGUUUUUUCCUCCCUCCAUUUCCACAGAUCUGUGAAACGCCUUUCCUUUUCCUUCCUUGCCCCGUUAAAGAAUUUUCCCCUCUCUUCUCCAAGCAGCUUGGCUUCUACCUUCACAAGUAAAUUCUGUGGUAAAACCACAGUUUUUUCUUCCUUUCUGGUCAUGGCAUCUAAACAACCAUUUCCUAGAUGCUACCUGAAAAUGGCUCUGUCACACCGAUAUUUUAAAAAGGGAGGAAGAUGAUUUUAUAAAUUGAGCUCUUUUCUGUUUUUCUUCCACUGUGGUGACUGUCCACAGAAAAUGAUGGAUGGAGUAAAUAAUUUCCCUAUCUUCUGUUUGCUCAGAAGAAUUUCAGCACUUUGUACCGUAGAAAUGGAUGGAAACACAGAUCGUGUGAAUUUCUAUGACAAUACCUGAAUAUUCUGCUUCCAUUCUGUUGUUUUUAAACCAUGUAUAUGUAUUCAAAUGCAGUUUCUCCACCCCACCCCAUGUGCCUAGGAGUUUAGGGAUGAGAUCCUAAGAGCAAUCCAGAGUAAUUUCAUCCCCUCCCCCCAUGUAUGCAGUUGUGUCUCCAUUACAGGACACUGUUGAACCUUUACCUCACCCACACCUUCUGCUCCAUCUGUCAGCCAGGUGUGCAUAGAAUUCAGCUUCUUGCCAUACCCUGAGAUGUUACCUUUGGCAGGAGGCCUCUGCUUCCCACAGAGAGAGCCAAAGCCCUUGCAAGUACUGUUUACACUGGAAGGCAGCAGGGAAGAAAGCCAGUGAAGCUGUUUUCUACACCUCUUCCUCUUAGCUUCUCCUCCCGCUCCCCAAACCAACUAUUUCUUUCCCCCAAAUGACUAGCCUUUUGUUUCCUAAGGUUCUUUGUCUAGCAUAAGCCUCGCUGUUGGAAAAUGGAUUUAUUUAUAUAAGAUGUUGGCCUGGUGAGGGGCAAUUAGAUGUAAUUUUGAUUCAGUCCCAAGAAGAAUAACAGUCGGAAUGAAUCAGAUAGAGCAGUGUUGGGGUCUCUUCCCCUGAUGCCAUAGAACCAGUCCAACACAGCCCCUUUCCUCUGGUAUCUAUGGGGAUUUGUUCUUUGGGUUUUUUUUUAAGUCAGAGGUAUAAAGUAGCCAUUAGUCACAGUUUAACUUUGUUUGGGCCUGGGCCACAGUAUUCACAUACCGUUGAACAAUACUAUUGAACCGUAUUUUGCACCUCAUUGGUAAAAAGCUGUGAAGGCAUUGAGGGCUCUCAGAAAAUUUUAAAAAAAUGUAAUUUGCUACCUGAAUAAGCUGCUCUGCCUCUCUUUGUACUACAGCAUUAAAUACAGCUCUAUCAAAAGUUUAUUUUAUAUUGUAUGUGUACAUAGCCUGAUAUUAUGCAAUAAAUGUCAUGUUUCCUUCA